AUGGAAUGCCAUACGCAGAUCCAUAAUGCUAAAAAAUGUUAUAACUGUGAACAUUGUUCAAAAGUAUUUGCUUUUGCUUCACAUUUAAAGGUACAUGUGAGAGUCCAUACUGGUGAGAAGCCUUUUGCCUGUGAACAUUGUUCGAAGAAAUUUUCUGUCUCUUCAACUUUAAAACAACAUCUGAGAUCCCAUACUGGCGAGAAGCCAUUUGCCUGUGAACAUUGCCCAAAAGCAUUUUUCUCCGCUUCAGAUUUACAGAGACAUCUGAGAAUCCAUACUGGCGAGAGGCCAUUUGCCUGUGAACAUUGCUCGAAGAAAUUUUCUGUCUCUUCCACUUUAAAGCAACAUCUGAGAACCCAUACUGGCGAGAAGCCGUUUGCAUGUGAACAUUGCUUAAAGCAAUUUUCCACCCCUUCAAUUUUAAAUCAACAUCUGACAACCCAUACUGGCAAGAAGCCAUUUGCCUGUGAACAUUGUUCGAAGCAAUUUUCCACCCGUUCAGCCUUAAAGCAACAUCUGAGAACCUAUAUUGGCGAGAAGCCAUUUGCCUGUGAACAUUGCUCAAAGCAAUUUCCCAGGGCUUCAAAUUUAGAGAUACAUCUGAGAACUCAUACUGGCAACAAACCGUAUUCAUGUGAACAAUGCUCAAAGACAUUUUCCGACGCUUCGAAUUUAAAGCAGCAUCUGAAAACCCAUACUGGAGAGAAACCGUAUUCCUGUGUACAAUGCUCAAAGGCAUUUUCCAACUCUUCAGGUUUAAAGAAACAUCUGAGAACCCAUACUGGUGAGAAACCGUAUUCAUGUGAACAUUGUUCAAAGGCAUUUUCCCACCUUUAUUACUUAAAAUUGCACCUGAGAACCCAUACUGGCGAGAAACCGUAUUCAUGUGAACAUUGUUCAAAGGCAUUUUCCCACCUUUAUUACUUAAAAUCACAUCUGAGAACCCAUACUGGCGAGAAACCAUAUUCAUGUGAACUUUGUUCAAAGGCAAGACAAAAAACCGAGGAGGAUUUUAAACAAAUGUCUGAUGAUAUACUUUGCAACCGAAGCAAUGGAACUGUAUUUUAUUCCUAA